UUAGGCGACGCGAAGUCGUCCAUCGAAGAGAUCAAGGACGGGCUGAAGGCGCUCCUGUAGAAGUCCGUCUGGUUGUACAUCCUGUCUGGUUGAGCAUUAUGUAGAUGUGAAAUAAUCCAAGUGAGCGAUCUCGUCGCCUCGCACACGCGCCCGCGCACGCGUACUGUAGACGCACGGACGCACACGGCAUGUCGCACCACGUCAGACGCGGUAGCGGAGCGCUUCUCGCGGCGGCUCGGCAGCUCGCUCGCGCGCGCGCGGUUCGCGCGUCGGCGAGCCAACAUCGUCAUAACUUCGUGACGUGGCAACGAUCGGAGACUCCGGGGGGUUCUCGCGCGGAGACGCGCGGGUUCGCGUCGAGUCCCGCGUCAAGAGCGGGCGAGUUCGAUCGCCCCGAGUCGGGGUUGAUCGCGGGGAUGAAGUCGAAGAUACAAACGAGCCUCGAGGCGACGUUCGUGGACGUCGUGGACAUGUCCGGCGACGGCAGGCACGUCACGAUCAAGGUCGUGUCGAAAGCGUUCGAAGGGAAGAACCCCAUCAACCGCCAGCGGAUGGUGUACAAGGCGAUUUGGGAGGAGAUGCAGACGGACAAGGUGCACGCCGUGCAGGGCAUCGUCACGCAAACUCCGGAGGAAGCGCAAUAGAGCGCGAGCACGGUAUUCUUUCGUUUAGCUAACCUGCUAUGAUGGCAUUCAAUAACGUAUAGAGCUAAGAGUCAUC